CACAUGUGUUUAAUAAUGUUGUGUUUCUUAAUUGUAUUUACUGUGAGAUGCUAUGGCAGAAGGAGGAACUAUACAAGCACUAACACUGCGCUACAGUUUAACUAACGUUGAGCCAGUUUAUGAGGACGAGAAGCUGGUUGUCAUCAACACUGGUAGCUAUGGCAGGAUACUCAAGGUGAUGGUCAAUGGAGCUCUGUGUGCAGCCAAGGAGAUACACUACAACAUAGCCGUGGGGCCUGGCAACGUGAACGUGGAGCAGUUUACUAGAGAGAUAGAACUGAUGAGUGGAAUGCGGCACCCCAACGUGGUCCAGUUCCUAGGAGUGUGCCCAUCAGUCCGACCCAACGCCAUGUCACCACUACAAGAGGUGAAUGUCCCCUGGCUCAUCAUGGAGUACCUUCCCUUUGAGUUACACUCAACACUCGAGAAACAACUUCAAAUCCCACUGUCUGUGAAAAUCGCUAUUAUGCUCGAUAUCUCACGAGGUUUGUCGUAUUUGCACAACAAUCGAUCGUCCGAGGAAAUCAUUCAUCGUGAUCUGAGUGCGCGUAAUGUUCUCCUAACCUCGUCCCUCUCCGCCAAGUUAGCUGAUUUUGGUGUCUCAAAACGCCGGGACUACAAUGCCACCAUGACCAAGAAUACGGGCAACCCGUGGUUCAUGCCUCCAGAGAACAAGCCUGGGAGUAAUGUCCGCUAUAACACUAAGAUGGACAUCUUCUCCUUUGGCGUGAUUUUGCUCUUCAUCAUCAUUGAGAAGUUUCCUGAUGAGAUCCUAUUAGACACAUACCACAACGAUCACGGGAACUUGUUAGCUCGAUCAGAAGUGGAACGAAGACAAAAAUAUUUCGAUAUUGCCGAGGGAUCUCAUGACCCCGACACUUUGACCCUUGUGAACCUGUGCAAAGAAUGCCUCGACAACCGACCCGGACAUAGACCAUCUGCAGAAAAUGUAUUAAACCAUCUGAAUCGCUUCCAUUUACCUGAGGAUGCCAUGGAAACGGACAAACUUCAGCUCAUGAUGAGAAUGAGACAGCUGGGGAACGAACCACCGCAGUCUCCACGGCAACCACAAGAGACAGGACGACGUGAGGAGGUGGCAGCACUGCAGGCUGAACUAGGCCAGCUCAGGGAACAGCUGGAUGGACGCACACAGGAUGUUGAGAGGGUGGAGGGUCAACUGUCCCAGUUAAGGGUGCAAAGAGAUGCUGAGCUGCAACGUAUGCAAAUACAAGCAGAACGGAACCUGGAGGAGGCCCGCUCUGAGUGCCAUAGGUUGGAGGCGGAGCUUGAGUCUAAGGAGGGGCAGCUGGCAGACAAACAGAGAGCUUUGGAGAGGGAGAAGGAGAUCGCUGACAACUACCAGAGGAUGAUCAACUAUGGGGAAAGUGAGAAGGACAUGGAGAUGGUUACGCUGAGGCAGCAGUUGACCAGACUCAACGAGGAGAUUAGGAGAACUGAAGAAAAGUAUACCUACGCUAAGGAAAAUGCUCGCAGCUAUGCAGAACAGUUGCACAAGUUGGAGAGCAAACCAUCAACAACCGAGGAGGCCAGCUUACCCCCCCUGCCACCGAGUGGUCUACAGACAUCCCUGAGACUCAGCUGCUCCCGACAAGAGGAGCCUUCCCCUCGUGGGCUCCACUCAGCCCACUGUGUCCACUACAAGAACAAGAUCUUAUACGGCGGAGGAGAGCAGGCGGCCGAGGCCAACUAUCUCAAGAGCAUUCUCGCCUUCGACCUUGAGCUCAACAAGUGGAGUGUGUUCUCUGCUCAUCUAAAGCUAAUGCACUUUGCACUCUUGGUUGUCGCUGGGGGCAGGCUCCUGAUGGUCGGUGGCUAUGACGACACACGCAACGAGUACACUGACAAAAUCUCUGAAUUUGUCGAAGGCCAAGGCUGGAGAGAAUUCUGUCGUCUGCCAGGAAAACUAGCUAAAACUGCCGUCCUUGCAUAUCGAACCUGGCUGAUUGUGGCAGGUGGGUGUACAGAGGGAGCCCACUCACUUAGUCAAGUCCACGCUCUGGAUCUGGGGCCGGGGGGCAGUAAAGGAUGGAAAUCUCUAGCCCCCCUGCCCGAGAGUUGUCAAGGCUUUCAAUGUGCAUCUUACAUUUCUCAACAUCGGACCGACCAGUCUAAGGACGUGGGAGUAUGGUAUCUAACCAGCUGCAUUCACGGCUUACAAUCGAAGCAACCGACAAUGGCUGUAUCCGUCCCAGAUCUCGUUACCAAGGGGGCAAAGUGGUUGAGAAUUCCAGAUCCCCCUGUUCGAUCACCAGCCGUAACCACGUUGAGGGGUCAUCUUUUGAUUCUGGGGGGUCAAGAUGCUAAGAAACAGAACUUGAUCAGUACCAAAGUGUAUAUGUAUCACCACGGUACCAAGGAAUGGCUGAGUGUGGCCGAAGUCAAGAAUCCUAGAUCACUGUCUACGUGUGUCAGCAUGCAUACCAACCCUGACACUACCAAGUUUAUGGUUCUCGGAGGAAAGGACAAGAGGAACAACUACUCCACAACUGUGGAAAUAUUCAAUUGUGUUCCUUAGAGCUAAAUUGUAUAAUACUGUCUUGACUAUAAUAAUUAUUGUUACGUAUAUAACAGCUGCAUGCCUCUCUCACACUGUGUGUUUUCUUAAUCAAUAAAUCACUUUCUAUUUUCUAUUUUAUACUUUUUGUAUCCGUGUUUGAUCAACAACAAUAAUUCAUUAAUAAUUCAAA